GAAAAGGAAGUGCAAAAAAAAAAAAAAAAAGUGGAAAAAGAGAAAUUUUACAAAUUUAAUUAAAGAGAGGGAACAGAAAGAGGAAAGGUUAAAAUUUCCUAGUUGAAGAGAAAGAAAAUACGAACAUCCUACUAAUUUCCCCCCCCCCGGCCGAGAACUACCAUCAUCACCAACGUCAUUAGACCCGAUAUUCUCUCAUCAUCAUUAUUAUUUUUUUUUUGCCUCCCUUGUCCGAUUUCCCAUUCCUUUAACUUGUGUCCUCCUUCCCCCGACGCCCGCCUCUCCUCUUUUCACCCCCACUCCCUUACUUCUUUUACCCCCUUCCUUUUUCUUUUCUUUUCUAUCUUUUUUGGAACUGAAUUGAUUACUCAGCAUCAUGAGUACCAUUCAAAAUUUGAAGAAUUUCAUACGUCAUGGGAAACAAGCCCGCUUGGUAACUCCCCAUGCCGAGCCAACCACCAAUGUUUCUCCCAUACAUGCCGAGCAUCAACGUCAACCCCAAGGCUCGUACCCUCCUGCCGCAGGCAACCUAGAUGCCAUUGACAGCAGGCUUGGGAACGGUCAAGCUCAAGCGCCUCAGAAGUCAUCGGCGGACUCUCAGACGAGGCGAGCCCGUGAUCAAGAGAUCGAGCAGAUUGUCGCGGAGGAGAGAAGCCAACGAAACAAAAUGCCUAAGUACCCAGGACUGGAGCGCUGGAUCUUGACGGACAAGAUGGGCGACGGCGCCUUCAGUAACGUCUAUCGCGCCAAAGAUUCUACGGGGGAGCAUAACGAAGUAGCGAUUAAAGUCGUCCGCAAGUUUGAAAUGAAUAGCAAUCAGGGUAGGUUUGCUGAUUGCGAUUCACAGCGCGCCAACAUUUUGAAAGAAGUCCAAAUUAUGCGCCAAAUAGACCAUCCGAACAUUGUCAAGCUGAUCUCAUUUUCUGAAUCACGCCAAUAUUACUAUAUCAUUCUGGAACUCUGUCCGGGCGGCGAACUGUUCCAUCAGAUCGUACGGUUAACCUACUUCAGCGAGGAUCUAAGUCGGCAUGUCAUCACCCAGGUUGCAAAAGCAAUUGAGUAUCUGCACGAGACCUCCGGCGUUGUCCAUCGUGAUAUUAAGCCGGAGAAUCUUUUGUUCUAUCCUAUUCCCUUUGUUCCAAGCAAGAAUCCCAAACCUCUUCAACCCGGUGAUGAGGACAAAGUCGAUGAAGGAGAGUUCAUCCCCGGGAAGGGAUCCGGCGGGAUUGGUGUUAUUAAGAUUGCCGAUUUCGGUCUCUCCAAAGUCAUCUGGGAUAGUCAAACUAUGACUCCUUGUGGGACUGUUGGUUACACAGCCCCAGAAAUUGUCAAGGACGAAAGAUACUCGAAGAGUGUCGACAUGUGGGCUUUGGGUUGUGUGCUUUACACUCUCCUCUGUGGUUUCCCGCCUUUCUACGACGAGAGCAUCCAAGUCCUGACGGAGAAGGUGGCGCGCGGCCAGUACACUUUUCUGUCGCCGUGGUGGGACGACAUCUCGAAGUCUGCGAAGGAUUUAAUCUCCCAUCUCCUGACGGUAGAUCCUGAACAGCGAUACUCGAUUAAAGAGUUCUUGGCCCAUCCGUGGAUACGUGGAAGCGACGAAGAAACCCAGGCGGCCACAGACGCUCCCCCCCUAACGACUCCUCUGCCCUCCGCCCGCCAACAGCCAUUGGACGCCUUCGCGGCGGACCAGGCACCAUAUGCUCCAGCCAGCGCUCGACUGUUGGACCAGCCCUCCGCCGGCUUGGAACGCCCCAUGGACUUCCGGUCGCCCGGGGCGAUCAACUUGCGGGAGGUUUUCGAUGUGGGCUACGCCGUCCAUCGCCAAGAAGAAGAAAGUAAGCGGCUGAAGACGUCCCGCGGCCGCGGGGCCAAUCCGACCACCGCAUUCCAGUCGGCUCUGAAUCCCCUCAACGAGGAUUAUGACGAGGAUGGCCCGCAAGUCACAUAUCAGCCCAUUCACCAGAAUGAGUAUGCGGCGCCGAAGGUCCACAAGGGCUCGCAACAGUCUCGAGAAGUGGCUGCAAUGGAAGCCAAAUUGCGAUCCACAAAUCUGGGGGCUCAGCCAAGCGCUGCCGCCCAAGCACGACAGGCAUAUCAGCCACGACAGCCGCAGCAGGGCUACGGCACACAUAGUGCUAAGGUGGCAGCGGCAGCCAAGCAGAAUAUUGCUCGGUCAUCGCGGCAACCUUUCGAACUCAGUCUGGAUAACGCGACAUUAUUAGAGAGGAGGGGUAGGCGGCAUCAGGUUGUCUGAAAUCUUAAUAUCUCCUUCGAAAUGAAUUUUUACGACUAAGAACGAUGGGCCAUGAAUUCUAUUCCAUGAUCAUUGGGUGGUAGGAUCGCAUUUGUCUC